AUGACUUUCAAAAUGGCAUGCUAUUUUGGAUGGAUAGCACGUGACUUGCGCGAAAUUUUGUACUCAAUACUUAUCAACAAUUAUGUAAAAUCUAAAAUAAUGACUGUGAUUGUUAACACGUUCUGCUUGUCUAACAAUAUUUUUAAAUUUUUGCUGUAUAAUUAUAUGUGUGAAACAGUUACCUCCAAGGCAAAUGCAAUAGCAAAUUUAUUAAACAGAUUAUCAUAUGUCACUUAUGAUGUUGAAAUUCGCGAAAUCAUUUCACAAUUUUCAUUACGAAUAAUUCAUGCUCCACUUAGAUUCUAUGGAAUUGGAUUCUUCCAAUUUGGUUUUAAAUUUCUUUACAGGUUGAUCACACUUGUUGCGACUCUUCUAAUUGUAAUACUACAAACACAAAUAAAUAAAAAAAAAUUUAUAUGA